CCGCUUGUUACUUUUUAAUUUUGUAAUAAAUGCCCAGCUUUUGGAGUUCUAGUUACUCAUUAGUUUCCGUUGAUCGACAUGCUCUUAAACUCAAACCAUGAGCUUUGCAUGCUGGGUGGUAGUUGUUGCAUUUGGUUUAGAUUCACGAGAUACAGGGCUUUCUGGUCACAUGAAAGUUGAGGGGGGAGCAGUGUUAAGUGUCGGGCUUCAACUGCUUUUUACAGUGGCAAUGUCCAUGGGUGCUUUUAUUUAAGGCCACAAGGGUGUUCUUGCUUGUCUAUUUGUGAACUUUUGACGUAAGGAGAGGAGGAAGAAGUUUUUUAAUUUCAUUUUCUUAUAGAGGUUAUUACUUUUGGCCCGGAGAUGAGGCAAUCUGCGGCUGUUUGGGAUCAGAGAUCAGAGUUCGAGAUUGCAAAGGAUUGGAAUGGAAUUGAUCAGGUUGUGCUUCGAGUUCCUAGAGGAGCUUCUGCCAGGGUUAGUCUGCACGGAGGACAGGUAAUCUCAUGGAGGAAUGAAAGGGGUGAAGAGCUUUUGUUCACCAGCAGUAAGGCAAUCUUCAAGCCGCCUAAGGCAAUGCGUGGAGGAAUUCCUAUUUGUUUUCCCCAGUUUGGAAAUUGUGAGUCUCUUGAGCAGCAUGGAUUUGCAAGAAACAAAAUAUGGAGCAUUGAAAAUGAUCCUCCAACCCUACAUCCAAAUGAUAGCAAUGGAAAAGUUUUUGUUGACCUUUUGCUAAAGCCAAUGGAGGACGAGCUUAAGUGUUGGCCUUACUGUUUUGAAUUCCGCCUGAGAGUGUCUCUUUCAAUGGAUGGAGAUCUAACGCUGAUAUCUAGGAUAAGGAACAUCAACGGGAAGCCUUUUAGUUUCUCAAUUGCUUAUCACACGUAUUUCUCAGUAUCUGACAUCAGUGAAGUAAGGGUUGAAGGCUUGGAGACACUUGACUAUCUUGACAACCUUUGCCAAAGAGAACGUUUUACAGAACAAGGAGAUGCAAUAACAUUUGAGUCCGAGGUUGAUCGAAUAUACCUGGGCACACCUAAUGUAGUUGCCGUUCUUGAUCAUGAAAAGAAGCGGACAUUUGUUAUCAGAAAGGGAGGAUUGCCAGAUAUGGGUAUACUCGAUUUGGGGAGUUGGAUUGAAAGAAACAAAAAGAUGAAAUUAGGAGAAAAAAAAGGCAAAGAAAUGUUCUAGCGCUGAAUGACGCUAGAACGAGUGUCGAACGGCUCUAGCACACCUGUAUGGAGCACAACCAACGCCGAAUGACGCCAGUCAGUGCCAAAAUGACGUCGAGAUGGUUAUUUCUCAAAAUGCAUUGAAUUUGGACGAAUUUUAAAUGGGCGCUUAAGGAAAUUCUUGUGUUUUUGGCCACACAUUAUUUAACCACCCAUUUUGACAAAAAGGGGGGCUAAGGAGGAGAAAAGAAGAAAAGAAAAGAGAGCAAAACUU